CAGCCAAGAUUCUUAUCCACCAAAGAUGAUGAUGCAGUUGUACAUCACAGAUGUUUGUUUCCCAUUCUACAGACUUAAACGAGAUUAUGAUCUAUGCGUCAUUUUUUUCGGAUUGACAACUUGAUUGUGCAGAGAGUGUAGUUUCCCGUGCCGUCGUGUCUGAGGGAAGUUAAAGCAUCUCAAGAGUGAGCGAAUGGACCAAGACAUUGGAGACUCCGUCCCCGAAAUUCGAUCCGACGAUUUUUCACCUACAUCAUCAAGGAAACAUCAACGAUGAAAUAAAGUAAAUGAAAACAAGACGACCUUGACGGUGGAAACUAGUGUAAUUGAUAAGAAGCUAUGCAAGAUUAAGUAAAUAAAAGUUAAUCAACGAUUACAAAAAUGCCGCAGCGAUCGCCAUUUGCGAUCCAAGAGCUGCUGGGUCUCAAUGGAACAGGUAAUACAAGUGGAACAGAUCGUGGAUCUCCUCAACAAGGAUCACCUCCAGCUGGUGUUUCAGCCGUGUCUUAUGCACCGGCCACGGCCCAUCAUAAAAUAUGGGACUACAUGCCAAGUCUGACAAAUCAUUUAGGGAACCUUGGAAAUUUAGGCAACCUAGGGAACCUCACAGCAUCAAGAAUGGCCUAUUUAAAUGCUCAAGCAGCUGUAGCUGCGGCUUUUUUGCCGCCUCCACAUCCUCAUCCUGCUCAUCACGUUACUCAUCAUCAAGUUCAUCAGCCAGGACAGCUACCAGGAUCUCCUGGGAUUAACGUACAUCCUGCUGCUGCGCAUGCUCAACAUGUACUUCCAGGUACUGCUGUAUCUACUAAUCAUCAUCAACACAGUCCCAAUCAUCAGCACACGCCACCUCAUGGAGGAGUCGGACACCAUGUCGAGUCGGGGAAGGAUUUUACGGUUGACGGUUUAUCAGGUUUCAGUAAAAAGAAGAAGAAAAAACGUCGUCAUAGGACGAUUUUCACGUCCCAGCAGCUGGAGGAGCUGGAGGCUGCUUUUAAAGAGGCUCACUAUCCUGACGUUUAUGCUAGGGAGAUGCUCAGCCUAAGGACUGACCUACCAGAGGACAGAAUACAAGUAUGGUUCCAAAACCGGAGAGCAAAAUGGCGCAAAACAGAAAAAUGUUGGGGAAGAAGUACCAUAAUGGCGGAAUAUGGAUUAUAUGGAGCGAUGGUACGGCAUUCUCUACCACUUCCGGAGACAAUCCUCAAAAGCGCCAAGGAAAACGAAUCUGUAGCACCUUGGUUACUUGCACAAUCGUCUAAGACAAGCAGCUUUAAUCAAGAUUUCGAAACUAAUCAAGAACUGAUUGACUGUGGGCCCGCAGGGAUGCAUCGAAAGUCUAUUGAGGCAGCAGAGCAUCUGAAAUCAGCCGGAGAGGACAGUGGCAAUGAUCAUGCUGGCAGUAGCAGUAGUCCAAAUCACAAUCAUCACCAAGGUGGACCUACCAGUUCUGAAAGUGGACAAGAAAGCCAAGACGGUAUGGGAGGCACUUCUUCAACAGGUGUUGUACAAGAUACAGAACAGUUGAGGAAUGAAAGUAUUGCCUGUCUGAGAGCUAAAGCCCAACAACAUCAACUCCAAUUGAGCUUACAACCUGCAGCAAGCAGCGCUAGUAGUUCAACGGCACCAGGAAGUACGUCAUAUCCGACAGGACCUCCAGCAAAUACGCUUCAUGCCACAGUUUAAUUCACAAGUCUCAAUUAAUUCAUUUCCACCUUGACGAUGGAUAAUUGUAUUCUGGUUAUUUGGAUUACCUGCUCCAACCAUCGGUUUUAUCCGCCCCAUUUCCGCUUAUAUCGGUUCUGCCGUUAUUAUAGCAUAAUAUCCGGAGAAAUCACCAAUUUCCCUGAUCUUCAAGUUACCUGGAUUGGUAUGAUACACUCAGGAGCAAAUGUCGAUGAAUAGAAAGCAUCAGUAAAAAAAAAACUGAUUGGCUACUAACGAAUUUUUUUAAUGUAUACUUAAAAAUUUAUAUUUUUUAUAUUUUGUGUAAACAAUACCGCGCCUAAUCAACGAUUUAUUGGUACCUACUUAAAUUAAUUUCAAUACCUUUUUUGAUUAGCAACGAAAGUGAGCCUACUCUAUUUAUUAUACAUUCUUAAUAUUUUUAAUAACACAUCAAUUUA